AUGUCCGCAGACUCUGAAACCGUCAAGAAGGCUGUUAUGAAGCAGGUCCUCGAAGAGUCCAAUCUUGCCAAUGCCCGGACGCUGAUUGAGAAUGUCCAAAUAAGCUGCUUCGAAAAGUGCAUCACGAAACCUGGCAGCUCCCUCUCCAAGAGCGACCAGUCCUGCGUCACAUCCUGCAUGGAAAAGUACAUGGCCGCAUGGAACCAGGUCAACGCCGCCUUCAUCACCCGCGUGCGCCGUGAGCAGGGCGGCCUGUAA